GCCCUGACUCCCGGCCGCCAUUUUGGACCCCGCGGUUGCCAUGGAGACCGCCGGGACGCUGCUCGACCUGCGAGCAAAGUGGGAGCGGAGGGGCCGGUGGAAACGCGCGCAUCGUCCGCGCCGCGCAGGACUGCGGUUUCCUUUGUGAUUUGAGGUCAAGAUGUCUAAUCAACAAGAGGAGCAGGAUUUGCAGAGGUUCCUUAGUGAUGUGGAUGAAAUUACCACCUUGAUUCAAGGCCUGAAUUCCACAGACCCAGGUGUUCAGGAGAAAGCCAUCGCAGAUACAGAGAAAAGAUUCAGCUCCAUUAAGGAGAAAGAAGAGAAUGACUCCAGCCGCAGGGUGGACAGAAGUCUCGUCAAUACACGUCCAUCUGUCAAGGAUUUGCCAGAUCAGGAGGGGCUGACAAAUCCUGAGGGUUUUAUGGCUGCUUUAGAAAAGGAUGCCAAAGAACGAGCCAGGAGAAGAAAAAAGAAUGAGGCCCUUGCAAAUGCACUAAAAGAACAGGGGAAUGACGCUUUUGGCAAAGGGGACUAUGCGGCUGCCAUCCAGAAAUACACGGAAGGACUGAGGAAGCAGAAGGAUAUGCCGGUGCUGUAUACCAACAGAGCACAGGCGUACAUCAAGUUGCAGGAGUAUGAAAAAGCUGUCCUUGACUGUGAAUGGGCUUUAAGGUGUGACGAAAAAUACCUCAAAGCUUUCUUCCACAUGGGAAAAGCGUGCUUGGCAUUGAAGCAGUACAGUAAGUCCAGAGAUUGCUUCAUGAAGGUAUUAGAAAUUGAUCCCCAAAAAGGAAAGCUGUGCAAAGAUUGCUUGAACGAAGUAGACUUGGAAGAAAAAAGACAGCGUGAGGAAGAGGAAACCACCAAGGAGUUGGAAUCUGGAAAGUGCACAGCCGUGUCUGUGAUCAAGUUGCUCCAGAAACUCAACAGGCCUAAUGAAAAUGCCCUUUUUUAUGUGGGUGGGAUCCAGCUUUUGACUGAUACAAUAAAAGACUGCACUGAACAGACCUUGUUCAGGACAAACAAUGGAUUCAGUAUCAUCAAUGACAACGAGGUCAUCAGAUGUGCAUUCCAUCCUGAGACGACAUCCCCUGCCGAAGUGGAACUGUCUCUUUCCCUCCUCCUCCUGUGGCAAGCAGUCUGCAAAGGGAAUGAGGAGAACCAGCGGCUGCUUCUAACUCAUCCCUACGUGAACUCGCAGCUUCCCACCCUGCUGCUCUCAGAGGUGACUACAAUCCAAGAGCAGAGUUUGGCCCUGCUGUCUCUCUAUGCCCAGACGGAGCACGGAAGGAGCCUGCUGAUCCGACACCUGGACCUAACCAAAUGGCUGCAGAUCUUGAUGUCCUUUGUUACUGUUUCUGACAGCCGAGCUAGUUGUGCGAUGAACCUGCUAACCAGUCUUAACAUGGAUGAGAAGUUCAAAAUCCAGUGCCGUAUCAAACUCUCCACUGAAGUACUUCCUCUGUUUGCACAGUUGCUGAAUUCUCUCAAGACAGUGAACCAGGCAGCCCUCGUACAGUGCAUUUCCAUCAUGGGCGACAUCUGUUCUGACACGGUUAUCCGGAUGCAGAUGGCUGAAAGCCAGGAAUGCUGGCUGGCCUGCUUAAACCUUGUGGACGAGUGCUGGUCUGAAAGCAGAGGCAGCAGAUACCCAGCGUGCCUCCAGGCAAUCCUCGGCCUGAUGAUGAACCUCUGUCUGGAGUCGAGCCUGGCCAUUCAGGAGCUUGCAGAAGAGAUCUCCCAGAGGUGCAUGUCUCUCCUCAGCAGUCAGGAUGGAACUGUCGUGACUCGAGCGGUUGGGCUGUUGAGCCGCAUCCUGCCUGCGAGUCCAGCCGCUGUGGAAGGGAGGGUGAAGCAGGGCCUGGUGAUGAAAAUGAUCCGCUUUCUGAAGGUAGGUGGGCAGGUCACAUCUGGCUAUGCGAUAAAGACCCUCGCUGUUUGCGCUAAGAGUAGCCGGCAGGCUCAGGAGGAGAUUGUGAAGCUGGACAAGAAAUGUAGCAUGCUGCUGAAACUUUUGCUCUCUGAGGACGAGACGGUGGCAGGAAACGCUGCUUUCUGCCUCGGGAGAUGCCUUGAGGUGCCUGGGACUGCCACGGAUUUGUUAAGCACUAAUGUUGUGAGGAUCUUAUUGAAACUUGCCGGUGGCAAUGCUCGAAAGGUCUCGGUGCAAGAGAACGCAGCGAUCACUCUGGGGAAGCUCUGCAUGGCGGAUGCAAGGCACACCAACCGGUUGCGGGAGCUCAAUGGAAUGGCCGUCCUGGCCUCCGCCACGAAGCACAUGCAAGGAUUUUAAACUCUUCUAACAGUACUCUGAAAUAGGCCCACGAUGCCUGCUAUAUCUCUGGCCAGAACUGCCCCCGUCUUUUUUUCCUCUCCAAUAAAAGAGAAUUGAUGGAAA